ACAGUAAGCAUGGCGGUGACCCCGCGGCGUGUUCGGCUCAAGCCCUGGCUAGUGGCCCAGGUGGACAGUGGGCUCUACCCAGGCCUGGUGUGGAUCGAUCGUGACAACAAGCGUUUCAGGAUCCCCUGGAAACACGCUACGCGCCACACCCCCCAGCACGAGGAAGAGAACACCAUCUUUAAGGUGAGUAAAGCACAUAUCUGUUACAGCUUAUGAAACAAUACAUGUAGAUCAGUGGUCACCAACCUUUUCUGAGCCGAGAUCACUUUCUGAGUCAAAAUGCAGGCCGAGAUCUACCAAAAAAAACAUGACUUAAAAUGUAUUCUUCAUCUGUACCCUCUCUCCCUGUACCAGGCCUGGGCGGUGGAGACAGGAAAGUUCCAGGAGGGUAUUGAUGACCCUGACCCUGCCAAGUGGAAAGCCCAGCUCCGCUGUGCCCUCAACAAGAGCAGAGAGUUCAACCUUGUCUACGAUGGCACCAAAGAAGUCCCCAUGAACCCCCUGAAGAUCUAUGACGUCUGUGACAUCCCACAGCCCCUCAGUAACCCAGGUAACUGGCCAUGGAUGACAUACAAAUAUUUUUUUCAAUUACAGUUUAACAACAAUGAUGGUUUGGUAGCAGCUUUGAAGCAUAGCUUGGGUUUUGGAACCCCUUGCUCUCUUUUCAUUUUCUCUUCUUCUCUUUCAUCAGGAUCCUCAGAUUCUGGGUCCUGGACGCCGAAUGACGGUGAUGAAGAUGAACCAGGUACUCCAGAGCCCCUCCCUCCUUAUCCAACAUCCAACGGUUAGUCAUGUCAAAUAUCUCUUAUCUCGCUUAUUUGUCCCUCACUAAUACUGUUUUUCUCUGAUGUUUACCAAGUCAUUUGUCCUAAACCACACAACAGUUCAGAUCUAGCCUCCAGAUAAUGUUUUCCAAGUUGCCUUAUCCAAAAACAACUGCCUAGUGCCCUUUUGUCUGACUUCCACCAGUUUUGAUAUCAAUAUCCAAGUAUUGUUUUUGGCACGGCAUCUAAUCAUGCUUUGUGUUUCCCUGUGACCGACCAGGCACCAGCCCCGCUCUAAUGUGGUCUCCUCCUGGGUCAGUAUCGCCCCUCCACCCCCCCAGCUGCCCACCUAGCUGCCCCCCAUCAGUUGAAGAGUGGCCCAAAGAGGAGGUUAAGCCAUGGCCCAAAGAGGAGCCUUUGGAUGUGGAGAUGCAGCCUUCCCCUCUGGAGAUGGCGCCCCCUCCUCCACUUGACAUGCCUUCCCCUCCCAUGCCUGACAUGAUGUUCGCCUCCCCAGAGAUGUGGAUCAGCUCCUUGCCCAGUGAGUACACUACUACACAGACAAACUCCUCCAUUAGGUAAAUAUAGGGCUGCAUACAUUGAUUGUAUACAGUAUCACAGGAGUUUGCCCGUACAGACCAACUGAUGUCUCUCUUUCUCCCUCAGUGACAGACCUGGAGGUGCAGUUCCAGUAUCGGGGUAAGGAGGUGUGUCCAGCCAUGACGGUCAGUAACCCCCAGGGCUGCAGGCUGUUUUACGGGGACCUGGGCCCCAUGGUCAACCAGGAGGAGCUGUUUGGCCCUAUCAGCCUGGAGCAGCUGAGGUUCCCCUCUACCGAGCACAUCGCCAAUGACAAGCAGAGGGUCUUCACCAACCGCCUACUGGACGUCAUGGACCGAGGCCUCAUCCUGGAGGUCAGCGGCCAUGACAUCUAUGCCGUCCGCCUCUGCCAGUGCAAGGUGUACUGGUCAGGCCCCUGUGCACCCAACCCCAAUGCACCCAACCUCAUAGAGAGGCAGAGGAAGAUCAAGCUGUUCUGUCUGGAGUCCUUUCUCAGCGGUAAGUACUGACUCCGAUCCUACUGACCCUUUUAGCAUAGACAGACUCUAACCUUCCUACAGCAACAAUGUUUUGUACUACUCUUGGCACAGCUUCUUGCUUAUCGAUAUAUUAUAUAUAUAUAUAUAUAUAUAUAUAUAUAUAUAUAUAUAUAUAUAUUAGGCUGUGCCCUUAGGAGGUAUUGUGAUAGUGUGAUAAUAUGGCAUUUACUGUAGCUGUUAUUGCAUGUACAGUGAAUGUACUAAACAUUAGGAACACCUGCUCUUUCCAUGACAGACUGACCAGGUGAAAGCUAUGAUCCCUUAUUGAUGUCACUUGUUAAAUCCGCUUCAAUCAGUGUAGCUGAAGGGGAGGGGACCAGUUAAAGAAGGAUUUUUAAGCCUUGAGACAAUUGAGACAAGGAUUGUGUAUGUGUGCCAUUCAGAGGGCGAAUGGGAAAGACAAAAGAUUGAAGUGCCUUUGAAUGGGGUAUGGUAGUAGGUGCCAGUCGCACUGGUGUCAAGAACUGCAAUGCUGCUGUGUGUAUCAAGAAUGGUCCUCCACCCAAAGGACAUCCAGCCAACUUGACUCAACUUUGGGAAGCAUUGGAGUCAACAUGGGCCAGCAUCCCUGUGGAACGCUUUCGACACCUUGUAGAGUCCAUGCACCGACGAAUUGAGUCUGUUCUGAGGGCAAAAGGGGGUGCAACUCAAUAUUAGGAAGAUGUUCCUAAUGUUUUGUACACUCAGUGUAAGCUGUGAGAGUGAUUUGCUAUGUGAUAUGAUUGUGAUAGGUUUAUAUUUGACGUGUGCAGGUGUAAUAGCCCAUCAGAGGGGCCAGUCGGCCAGCCCUCCUCAGUUCGACAUCAACCUGUGCUUUGGAGAGGAGUGGCCUGACAGCAGACCCAGGGAGAGGAAGCUCAUCAUGGUGCAGGUAUGAGACAGUCUUUGUAUCAAGAUGUUUCAUGCAAUGAUUCAUAGAAAACUAAUGAAACAUUCGUUUUUCAUCAUUUUAAAAUGUGUUGCAUUGACCCUCAAGCAUGUGUGUUUUGCUGUUGAGUCCCUUCACUGUAACAGCCACUUAUUUGGCCCUCUGCUCCCCUCCAGAUCAUCCCUGUGGUAGCACGUAUGAUCACUGAGAUGUUCUCAGGCGACUGCAUGCGCUCCUUCGACAGUGGCAGUGUGCGCCUGCAGAUCUCCAUCCCGGACAUCAAGGAUAACAUCGUGACCCACCUGAAGCAGCUGUACCGCCUGUUGCAGACCCACCAGGGCCAGGAGGGCUGGCCUCAGGCUCUGUCCCCGGGGGCUGGCAUGAGCCUGCCGCAGGCCCUGCACGCCCAGUGA